GGAGGAACAAGGGGAAACACGUCCUCCCGACAUCUGUAUCUCUCGUUCAUUAAUGCGUUAAUCACAUUAAUGUUUUUGAUGAUCGUUUAACGCAGCUGCACGAUGUCCAUCAGAGCGCGAAACCGAGAGAUCUGCGCAGACUGCAGCGCGCCCGAUUCCCGCUGGGCCUCGAUCAACCGCGGUGUUCUGAUCUGUGAUGAAUGCUGCAGUAUUCACCGAGGUCUGGGUCGACACAGCUCUCAGGUCCGGCAUUUGACCCAAACCGCCUGGCCUUCCUCUCAGCUUCAGAUGGUGAAGUCCCUGUACAAUAAUGGAGCAAAUUCAAUCUGGGAACACAGUCUUUUGGAUCCGUCUUCCAUCAUGAGUGGAAAACGCAAAGCCAAUCCUCAGGACAGAGUGCACCCCAACAAAACAGAUUUCAUAAAGGCUAAAUAUCAAAUGUUGGCAUUUGUUCAUCGCAUGCCGUGUCGAGAAGACGACAGCGUCACUGCCAAAGACCUCAGCAAGCAACUUCAUUCUAGUGUGAGAACUGGCAAUUUGGAAACAUGUCUAAGGCUGUUGUCAUUGGGAGCGCAAGCCAACUUUUUCCAUCCAGAGAAAGGCAACACUCCUCUACAUGUGGCAGCUAAAGCAGGUCAGCUGCUGCAGGCUGAGCUGCUCACUGUGUAUGGAGCAGAUCCUGGAGCACCGGACAGUUCUGGAAAGACUCCUAUUGACUACGCCAGGCAGGCCGGGCACCAGGACCUCGCAGACAGACUGGUGGAGAUCCAAUUUGAGCUUACAGACAGACUAGCGUUCUACUUGUGUGGAAGAAAGCCAGAUCAUAAAAAUGGUCAGCACUUCAUAAUUCCUCAAAUUGCAGACAGCGGGCUUGACUUGUCAGAACUGGCCAAAGCAGCAAAGAAGAAGCUUCAGUCUCUCAGCAAUCAUCAGUUUGAAGAGCUAGCCAUGGACGUUUACGAUGAAGUUGACAGAAGAGAAACAGAUGCAGUCUGGCUCGCGACGCAGAACCACAGUACCUUGGUAACUGACACCACAGUGGUUCCUUUCCUCCCUGUCAACCCUGAAUAUUCCUCCACUAGGAAUCAGGGACGUCAGAAGCUGGCCAGGUUUAAUGCACAUGAGUUUGCGACGUUGGUUAUUGAUAUAUUAACUGAUGCCAAACGACGUCAGUUGGGGAAUUCUCCUGAUAAUGUUAAAGAUAAUGUGGAGUUAAUUCUGAAGGACAUUGGAAACCGUCGUGGCAGUGAAAGUCCAGAGCUGGACCAGCCUGAUUAUGACAGUGUGGCAUCCGAUGAGGAUACAGAGCAAGAACCAACAUCUGGAAAAGACGAGCGGACCAAGAGCUCCGAGUCUUCAGACUUGUCAGACAGUCCCAUCACCGUGCAGGAGUUCAUGGAGGUGAAAAGUGCCCUCAACGCUUCCGAAGCAAAGAUCCAGCAGCUCCUCAAGGUCAAUUGCCAUCUUAGCGAGGAGCUGAGACUCAUGCAGAGCAAGUUGAACUCUCUUCAGAAUGAGAACAGCAAUCUGAAAUGGCAAACUCCUAACAGUUUGGUAAGGCCACAGGACGUCCCGCACAGGGCAGCUCCACGUGGCUGUAGGGCCAUGUCCAUGUAUGAGACCGGCUCAGGUUUGAGGCAAUACCACCCUAGAGGAGAGACCGUCCACCCUGACACAAACCUGACUCUCCAGCCACUGCCAUCUAAUAUUGGGAAGGGUCCCUCGGUGACUGCCUUCUCCUCCCUUCCCACGUUCCCCUCAACUCUGUCCUGGUCCUUGGAUGAGAUAACCCAAAGGGGAUCCAGUUUAGACGCCCAGAGCGGCAUGCCUGCAAGUGACUAUGAUAAUACACUGAACCAUGCUGAGAUGGACGAAUCUGGGACGAUUCAAAGUAACUUCUCAAGGGCGAGCGGGUGGCUUGGCGACAGUACAGUGCAGUCAGAAAACUCUUCUGAGGGCGAGAGUGACUCGACUUUACCAUGUACAGAAGAUGUCAUCAGCAAGACGGAGCUGAUAACCAAGAACAUCCAGGAAUUACUGAGAGCUGCGCAGGAGAAUAAACAUGCCAGCUUCGUCACGUGUUCAGAGAGAAUUCUUGUAGCAGUGACGGAAAUGGCUACGUUAUUCCCUAAGAGGCCGUCUUCAGAGACCGUUCGUGGGUCUUUGCGUCUCUUGACCUCCAGUGCCAGCCGUCUGCAGGGCGAAUGUCAGAAGGCCACACCGCACGACUCCCAGCAGGUUAUUCAGUGUGCCUACGACAUUGCCAAAGCGGCUAAACAACUAGUUACUGUGACUACCAAAGACAGUAACUGAGUUACAGUAUCUGAACGCCUUUCACCAUGUCUACACUUUUAUUUGCUAUUAUAUUGUCCAGUAUUAUUUAGGGCGGGGACCAUACAUUGAUGUUUUUUGAUUCAUGGAUUGAGUCUUAGACUAUUGGAAUGUAUCGCAAUUCUCCUGGAAUCGAUUCUGCGUUUAGUUUUUAACACCAGAUGGCGCUCUAGAGAGAAGCGUCUCACUGCGGCCUGUGGUGGACAUCCAACCCCAGCCACAUCCAAGUGCCAUGUCAGAUGCCACACUGCAGCCUGUAGCACGAUGGAAGUCCAAUGCUUAGUGGAUGCACAUGUGUGAGCGUUUGUUGCAAAUUUUUUUAUAUAUAUACAAUAAAUAAAACUACACAUUUUAUUGUGUGUUAUUAACAUCUACAACUCCCCACACCAUAAAACCCAACCGUCACAGUAAGGGUGAUCAUUACAUUCUUGGAUGUAGGAGUCGAAUGUCCACCUCAGACUGCUGCUAGCCCGACUUGGCUUUAGGCUCGUUUUUAACAGCAUAUGGUGUUCCAGGCUAGUUUUUAACAGGUGCUCGAUGCUACUUUUUAACAGCAGAUGGCGUUCUAGGCUGGUUUUUAACAUCAGAUGAUGCUCUAGGCUAGUUUUUAACAGACAACGCUCUAUACUUCAGAUGGCUAGUUUUUAAACAGGCACUCUAUGCUUUUUUUUUUAAAAGCAGAUCGCGUUCUAUGUUGGUUUUUAACAGCAGAUGUCGUUCUAUGCUAGCUUUUAACAGCAGAUGGUGCUCUAGGCUAGUUUUUAACAGCAGAUAGCGUUCUAAGAUUACUUUUAACAGCAGAUCGUGUUCUAAGCUAACUUUUAACGGCAGAUGCCAUUCUAAGCUAGCUUUUAACAGAAGACAGCGUUCUAAGCUAGCUUUUAACAGAAGACAGAGUUCUAAGCUAGCUUUUAACAGAAGACAGAGUUCUAAGCUAGCUUUUAACAGAAGACAGCGUUGUAAGCUAGCUUUUAAUGGCAGAUGGCAUUAUAAGCUAACUUUUUUAACAGAAGACAGCGUUCUAAGCUAGCUUUUAACAGAAGACAGCGUUGUAAGCUAGCUUUUAACGGCAGUUGGCGUUCUAAGCUAACUUUUAACAGAAGACGGCGUUCUAAGCUAGCUUUUAACAGAAGACAGCGUUGUAAGCUAGCUUUUAACGGCAGAUGGCAUUCUAAGCUAACUUCUUAACAGAAGACAGCGUUCUAAGCUAACUUUUAACAACAGAUAGCGGUCUAAGCUAGCUUUUAACGGCAAAUGGCGUUCUAAGCUAGCUUUUAACAGAAGACUGCGUUCUAAGCUAGCUUUUAACAGAAGACGGCGUUCUAAGCUAGCUUUUAACGGCAGAUGGCGUUCUAAGCUAGCUUUUAACAGAAGACGGCAUUCUAAGCUAGCUUUUAACAAAAGACAACGUUCUAAGCUAGCUUUUGACAGCAUAUGGCAUUCUAAGCUAACUUUUAACAGAAGACGGCGUUCUAAGCUAGCUUUUAACGACAGAUGGUGUUCUAGGCCUGUUUUUAACUGCAGAUGGCACUCUAGGAGAGUUUAACAGCAGAUGGCUCUCUAAGCUAACUUUUAACAGCAGAUGGCGCUCUAGGCUAGUUUUUAACACCAAAUACCUCUCUAAGCUAGCUGUUAAUCGCAGAUUAGGCUAGUUUUUAACAGCAGAUGGCAUUCUAUGCUAGUUUUUAACAGCAGAUGGCGCUCUAGAUCUAUUUUUAACAGCAGAUGGCGCUCUAUGCUAGUUUUUAACUGGCAGUCUAUGCUAGUUUUUAACAGCAGAUGAUAAUCUAGGCCAGUUUUUAACAGCAGGUGCCACUCACAGGGUAAUUUUUUAACAGGAUGGUGCUCUAGGCUAGCUUUUAAAAGAAGAUGGCGCUUGAAGCUAGUUUUUAACAGCAGAUGGCGUUCUAGGGUAGUUUUUAACAGCAGACGACGCGUUAGGCUAGCUUUUAAAAGUAGAUGCACUCUAGGCUAGUCUUCUUUUUAGCAGACGGCACACUAGGCUAGGUUUAAAUAGCAGAUGGUGCUUAAAGCUAUUUUUUAAUCAUACACUAUUAGCGAGCAUGAAGAAGAACUCUUGCGCUUUCACUCAUGUGAUGUACUUGCACCAGCUGUUCUAUGUAAUUAAACAUUUUCAUUUAAUCGUUAACAUUAUCAAUAAUGGUUUAACGUUCGAGUGGUAUGUGCAAGAGUGUUGCUGUUUGCAAAGCAUACAGCGCCAUCUGGUGGCAAAAACCAAGCUCAAUUUCAGAAUCGAUUCAGAAUCAUUUUUCAAUUAUCAAUGCGUCAGUUUAUUGUCCCACCCCUGGUAUUAUUAUUGAUGAUCAACACAGCACAGUUCGGUUUGUAUUCCUGCAAAAAUGACGUUUUUUAUAUAUAUUUUAUUCGUACACACUAACAUAAUUUUUGGGACACUGAGUUUCAAUUAUCAACGACAUUAUUAAUAUUAUUAUUAUUUUGUCCUAGCUUCAUGGUGCCGUUUUUAAUUGUAAACUAAUAUUUGUUUUGCUUCCGAUGGUGCUAAUGAACUAAUUUUUGUUUCGUCUGUAUCGCUCAUGUUUGUGGAUUAACAGAACAAGGCCUUUACUACCUGUGCAUUUCAAAUACAUCACACCAAGACGAAACCGGAACAAAAUCAUGAACAGCUAUUAUUGCUGAAAUUCAGCUGGUGUAAUAAGUGGUUCUUUGUCUUGAAAAGCAGCUCACUCAAAACGUGACCAUGAUGUAGAUGUCAGGACACACAAUGCCUCAUUUCUUGUGCAAUAAAUACCCUUUAGCCUCGCUGCAGAAUAAUAUCUUACCCGUCCUGGUGUGGCCAUUGAAUUAAGUAUUCAGAGUGUAUAGUCUUAUUAUGAAGUGCUUUAGUAUGUGAGCUGUUGUGUGUGCGUGUGUGUGUGUGUGUGUGUGGAAUCAAUAAGAUUUAUUUUUAAAAGAAGGCAAUUUUGCUCAUCAAGGCAGUAUUUAUUAGAUGGAAAAUACAGUAAAAAUGGUUAAAUAUUAUUACAAAUGGAAAUAACUGUUUUCUUAUUGAACAUAGUUUCAAGUUUAAUUUAUUCCUGUGACUCAAAGCUGAAUUUUCAUCAUUGCUCCAGUCUUCAGUGCCACGUGAGCCUUCACAAAUCAUUAUAAUUAUAAUUAUUGGUACAAAAUCACUGAUAAAAAAAGUAAAUAAAUAAAAAUGAAAUAUAUAAAAUUCUAAGAUAAAAUAGGCAACGCAGUGGCUCAGUGGUUAGCACUGUCCUCUCACAGCAAGAAGGUCGCUGGUUCGAGCCUUGGCUGAGUCAGUUGGCAUGUCUGUUUGAAGUUUGCAUGUCUUCCCCGUGUUGGCGUUGGUUUCCUCUGGGCGCUCCAGUUUUCCCCCACAGUCCAAAGACAUGUGCUGUGGCCAAUAUUAUUUAUUUUUUACAUUAGCAUUAAAAAUAGCUAAAAAUAAUAACCUUUCUUUGCAUUUGUUUGUUUACAUUAUAAAUGCAUUAAAAUGGUUAAAAUAGUUAAGUAAUAACUUUUGUUUACAAUAAUUUACCUGAUAAAUGCUUUAAAAUGGCUAAAAUAGUUAAAUAAUAGCUUUUAUUUUCAAUCUUUUACAUUACAAAUACAUUAAAAAUAGUUAAAAAUAUUAGCUUUUAUUUGCAUUUUCUAGCUUUUAUAAAUGUAAAGUAUGUCAAAAAAUGCAAAUAAAAGCUAUGGUAUUUAACUAUUUUAAUGCAUUUGUAAUGUAAAAAAAGACUUCCGUCAGACGUUUGGCCAGCGGAGAAAUUAAAAUGGUCGUGCCCAACUAUGUCUGGUUUCUCUCAAGGUUUUUUUUUUUUUCUUCACUUUCACCAAUUAGUUUUUUUUUCCUCUCCGCUGUUGCCACUGGCUUGCAUGGUUCGGGAUCUGUAGAGCUGCGCAUGAUAAUUUCACAAGAUCUCAUAUAACUAUUUGGAGUUUAUUAAUAUUUUUACACUGACUGGGAUUAUUACAAUUGAACAAAUACAAUAAUUUGAUGGUUUUCUGUGGAAUUUAACAGUACUGAGGUACAGAAAUAUAAUAAUAAUAGUUAAAAUAACACUGUCUUUAUUGUAUAAAUAAUUAAAUACAAGUAAUUUUGGUUUAUAUACCUUAAUAACCUCUUGGUUUAAGUUUGCUUAAAUAGUACACAGUCACAGGUCUUAAAAACACAUCCAAAUGAAAAUCGUUCACCCUGUUUUAGGGUUCAACUUUGUGAUGACUCCACAAAUCACAUGUUUGUGAUGCUGAUCAGCUGUAAUCCCAACUUGACAUGGCAUAUCCUGCGAUGUUACUGUUGCUCAUUGAGAUAUACAGUUGAAGUCAGAAUUAUUAGCCCCCCUUUGAAUUUUUUGUUCUUUUUUUAAAUAUUUGCCAAAUGAUGUUUAACAGAGCAAGGAAAUUUUCACAGUAUGUCUGAUAAUAUUUUUUCUUCUGGAGAAAGUCUAAUUUGUUUUAUUUCGGCUAGAAUAAAAGCAGUUUUUAAUUUUUCAUGGACCAUUUUAAGGUCAAAAUUAUUAGCCCUUUUAAGCUAUAUAUUGUUUUCGAUAGUCUACAGAACAAACCAUCAUUAUACAAUAACUUGCCUAACUACCCUAACCUGCCUAGUUAACCUAAUUAACCUAGUUAAGCCUUUAAAUGUCACUUUGAGCUGUAUAGAAGUGUCUUGAACAAUAUCUAGUCAAACAUUAUUUACUGUCAUCAUGGCAAAGAUAAAAUAAAUCAGUUAUUAGAGAUGAGUUAUUAAAGCUAUUACGUUUAGAAAUGUGUUAGAAAAAAAAUCUUCUCUUCGCUAAACAGAAAUUGGGAGAAAAAUUAAACAGGGGGGGCUAAUAAUUCGGGGUGCUAACAAUUCUGACUUCAACUGUAGAUGUUGAAACGAUAUAUAUCGUGCAGACCUAUUAUUAUAAGUUUUCUAAUGUUUUUAAAGAUUUAUUUUUGGCCUUAUUUAAGUUAGAAGGGGGGGGGGGGUAUUUUUUGUAUUUUUUAACCAAAUAAAUGAAGCCUGGGUGACCUGCUGGCUCAGUGGUUAACACUGUCACCUAACAACAAGAAGGUUGCUGCUUCAAGACCUGGCUGGGUCAGUGGAGUUUGCAUGUUCUCCCCCAUGUUGAUGUGGGUAUUCUCCGGGUGCUCCGGUUUCCCCCUCAGUCCAAACACAUUCGCUAUAGGUGAACUGAAUGAACUAAAUUAGCCGUAGUGUAUGAGAUUGUGUGCGAAUAUGUACUGGGUUGCAGCUGGAAGGGCAUCCGCUGUGUAAAGCAUAUGCUGGAUAAGUUGGCGGUUCAUUCCGCUGUGGCGACCCCUGAUUAAUUAAGGGACUAAGCUGAAGGUAAAUGAAUGAAUGAAGCCUUGGUGAGCAGAAUUUUCAUUCAAAACAGUAAAGUAAAAUAAAAUCUUCCUGAUUCUAAACUUUUGGCUGAUGGUGUACAUGCAGACUUUUCAUGUCUAUUUUCACCAGAAAUCAUAUCUCAUCUCCAUCAAUUCCAAAUGUACGUCCAUUUUAUAUUUCUUUCAGGAUGCUUUCUUCAAUCCCAUGCGCGUGUGAAAAGUUUGCAUUCCUCAGAGUUUAUUCAUAGACCGCUGCAAAACGAAAGUAAUCCGCUAUGAAUUCACUCCAUGUUUUAGGGAUGCUCCAGUGUGUCCUAAACGUAUGUGUUCAUGUGCUGCCUUGUCUGAAAUAAUACAAAUAACAACACAUUUGCCUAACGGCCACCAGCUGCUGUGUUAGUGAUUCCGGUAUUAUGUGGCAUCGCUCUGUAUUAUUCAGUACAUUGUAUUAUAUUUAUAUACAAGCUUUAUAUGGAAGCUGCUAGUUGUCAGUUCUGUAUGCAACUAACCUGGUGUGAGUAUGUCCUUCUGUUUCCUGCUCAUGUGGAUGUGCGAACAUAAACACACACGCGCGCACUUACCUGCUCAGUUCAGAAGGUCACGCCGCCUUCAUUAUGGGAUAUGCAUCAUGCAGUUGAUGCUGCUUCAAUGAAAGUCUUGGUAUUAAAUAUAAUAAAUUUUAAAUGUACUCAA